AUGACAACUAGAGAUGAAGAUGUCCUUCAAAAAUAUGAGGUUAAUACCAUUUAUAGACCUAAACUCUUGUCCAAGGACGAAGGUUUCAAACUAUUUUGUUCUAAAGCUUUUCUAGGGGGAUAUCCGAUUGAUGAUUUCGAAGGGAUAAUAUAUAGGGUGUUGGAAUAUGCUAAUGGCCUUCCAUUAGCAAUUGAAAUAUUGGGUUCAUCCAUUUUUGGAAAAGGCGUUGCAGAAUGGAGAAGUUUUCUGGAUAGAGAAGAAAUUAUUCCGCCCUAUAAGAUCAUAAGGGUGCUUACAAAAAGUUUUGACGAACUUGAUCACAUGAGUAAGGAAAUGUUUUUGGACAUAGCAUGUUUCUUUGUUGGGAAGGACAUUAACACUGUGUUUGGCUUGACCGAAGGAAAGAGAAGGGAGAAAAGGGGAGGAUAG